CCUUUUUCCUUUUAUUUUCUUUUCACUAUUAUUGCAGUGGACAAUGCCCAGUUUGCAACCAUCAGUUGGAGGAUAGUAACCUCACUGAAGAGGAGUAUAAUAAUCUCAGCGAAAGAAUAAUACAGGAUGUGAUACAUGGAUCUGACACUUUUAGAAAGACAAGCCCACAGGAAUUUGAGGCCUUUCAAGAAUUUGUGGAAAAUCGACUUCCAUUUGAUAUUGUUGUUGAUGGACUCAAUGUUUCCCACAUGAAAUCCAGAAGGAUGCAGUGUGAAAAUCUAUUUGAUGCUGUCAACUGCCUGGCGAAAGAGAACGUCCGGCUGCUUGUGCUGGGCCGCAAACAUAUGCUGAUUAACUCUUUGAAUUGGAAAAGAGAGAUUAUGAAGGAGAUGCAGAGUAAGGCAGACUUCUUCUUUGCUGAAAAUAUCUCUGAAGAUGAUGCCUUCUUGUUAUAUGCCACUCUGCGAUCGGGCAAGCAUUGCAAGUUUGUUACUAGAGAUUUCCUCCGGGAUCACAAGGCUUGUCUUUCCGACAGUCUGACGCGGCAUCUGUUCCGCAAGUGGCAGCGUGGACACCAGAUAGCGUUUGCCCCUUCUGCAGAAGGAAAGCGUGUAAAUUUUCUGCCUGCUUCCCGCUACGACUGUGUGGUGCAGACUACAGGUGACACGUGGCAUAUCCCCUACAAAGAUGUUUUUGAGGAAAAGUACUCGUACCAAAUACCAAGAAAAUGGCUCUGCAUUCAGCAGAAAUGCUGA